AUGGCCUUUAAGUUUGUUUUCGCCCUUGCCUUGUUCGCUGUCGCCAGUGCUGGUUACGCUCCCGUCACAUAUCACACAGCUCCCGUGGCUGUAGCCCAGAAGGUUGUUGUGAAAUCUGAAGAAUUCGAUCCUCAUCCCCAGUACAAAUUCAGCUAUGGUGUUGAUGACAAAGUUACCGGUGACUCGAAGAGCCAAAAUGAAGAACGUGAUGGUGAUGUUGUCCGUGGUGAAUACUCCUUGAUCGAUGCUGAUGGAUACAAACGUACUGUCCACUAUACAGCCGAUGAUGUGAAUGGUUUCAAUGCUGUUGUUGAACGUGAACCUUUGGGUCAUGCUGUUGUAAAGACUGUUGCUCCCGUUGCUCACUAUGCUGCUCCAGCUACUGUAGUUAAACAUGUUGCCCCUGUUGCUCAUUAUGCUGCUCCAGUUGCUCACUAUGCUGCCCCCGCUGUAGUUAAGACUGUAGCUCCAGUUGCCCACUAUGCUGCUCCAACUGUCGUUAAGACUGUUGCUCCAGUUGCCCACUAUGCCGCCCCCACCCAUUAUGCAUCUUAUGAAGCUCCCACCUAUGGAUAUCAUCAUUAA